UUUAUUUGUACCUUUAUCGAAAUUAAAUUUAAAUAAUCUGAAUUCCUAAAAAAGUUGAAUCCCAUUAUUAAAAUAAAAGUAAAAUUCAAAUACUUAUUUUCCUAACCGUGCCUUAUUUAAUGUGUACGUAGCUCAUGUGUUAUUUUAGCUCGAGUGUUGAUGCCCGAUUGUUUUCAUUAUGACCAAACGCCGAAGAAUUAUUCAAGCUGACAAAAUAAUACGAAAUGUUUUGCAUGCCUUCUGUUUGUUGAUGUUCCUGCAGUUAAAAGGUCACAAUGCAAACAACCCUGUGUUAUUGUAUUCUACGACGUACGAUAUUCGUUUGGCUAACACUUCAAAAUUGCCAAGAAUAGACACUGUGAUUAAAGGUUUAGAACAAGGUUCGGCUGUUGAGUUUUUGUACAGAAAAAAAUUAAUAUGUUGGUCGGACCAGAACGCAGAGCUGAUUCAGUGUGCCAAAUACAACGAAACCCAAACAGACAAGAUGAAGAUUGUUUCGGAAGGAAUAAUCACACCAACGGGAAUGGCAAUAGACUGGUACACUGGCAACAUAUACUGGACAGAUUCUGAAACAAACAGAAUUGAAGUUAUAUCCAUAGAUAAAAAGUGUAGACGAGUUUUAUUCUGGACUGAAGUUGAUUUAGCUCGGGCCAUAGCUGUUGUGCCUAAGGAUGGGCUUAUGUUUUGGACUGAUUGGGGAGAGGUGCCAAAGAUAGAAAGGGCAGGCAUGAAUGCAGAUCCUGCAACUAGAAAAGUUAUAGUCAAUAAGAAUAUAAUGUGGCCUAAUGGCAUAACGGUGGAUUAUAAGAACAAUUUAAUAUACUGGGUGGAUGCAAAACUACAUUUUGUAGAUGUUAUGGAUUUCAAUGGUAACAAUAGGAAUAGAGUUAUAAGAGAAGGACUAGUAUAUCCAUAUGCACUGACUUUUUUUGAUGAAAAACUUUAUUGGACUGAUUGGAACACUUUAUACAUUUACACCUGGGACAUAAUGACAAACGGACCUAUAAAGGAGUUAAUCAACGGAUCAAAAACUGACAUACCAGUGGAUAUUAAAGUGUUUGAUGAACAGAGACAGACCCCUGUUACUGAUCAUCCAUGUAACAACAAUAAGUGCUCACAUCUCUGCCUACUGUCACCUAAUGAACCUGGAUAUGUUUGCUCCUGUCCAACUGGCGUCAGAUUAAAGGAGGAUAACAUGACGUGCUAUAACGGCUUCCAGAAGUUUUUAAUAGUGGCACAAAGAUCUGUUAUACUUAAAAUAUCACUGGACUCCCCUGAUUAUACCCCUUUCACAGUACCUGUCAAGGAUUUGAAAAAUGCUCUGACUGUGGAUUUCGAUCCCAAAACGGAGUUUAUAUAUUGGGCUGACAGAUUGUCAAAAACAAUAUCCCGAGCGAGACUAGACGGCGCUGAGCAGUCGGUGGUAGUUCAUGUCACUGGCACUCCGGACAGCAUAGCCAUAGAUCCGUACGCCCGGAACAUAUACUGGACAGACCCCGUAGAAGAUACCAUCACCAUGGCAAGACUAGACGGCAGCUAUAAAAAGAUAAUAAUCCACGAGGAGUUGUAUGAACCUCGCGCUAUAGCUUUGCACCCGGAAGCCGGGUGGAUGUUCUGGUCAGACUGGAACCAGAAGUACCCUAAGAUCGAACGAGCGAACCUCGACGGAACCAACAGGACUCUGCUCAUAUCAGAAAAAGUCAUUUGGCCCAAUGGGAUCGCUUUAGAUACGGUUAACAAUAAGUUGUACUGGUGUGACGCUAGGACGCAUAAAAUAGAGGUUUGCAACAUGGAUGGCACAGAGCGUCGUGAGCUACAUAAUACAGAUAUCCUACGGAUCUUCGGACUCACUUUGCUGGGCCAACAUUUGUACUGGACGGACACUCAACGGAGAACAUUAGACAGGAUAGACAAAGACACGGGCUUGGACCGCGUGUGCAUGGUGGAACAGAUGGCCAACAUGAUGGGCAUGAAAGCCGUGCAGCUAGGAGCAGAUAGUGGCAGCAGUCGAUGCUCGGACAAUAAUGGGGGUUGCUCGCAUAUCUGCUUCAAUCGUCCAGAUGACUAUGUUUGCAGCUGUCCGUUGGGUUUGGAGUUGGACAACACUAGAAAGAAUUGCAUAGAACCUGAAGCAUUUUUGAUAUACAGCAGGAAGAACGUUAUUGGUCGUAUCAGUAUUGAAAAUGAGCAUAACGACGCUGUUUUGCCUAUCAAAGAAAUAAAAGAAGUCAGUGCACUGGCAGUACAUGUGUCAGGAUCUAAAAUAUACUGGUCAGACACGAAGCUGAAAACUAUCUACCGCUGCUCAAUCGACGGCUCAAAUAUUGAGAAGAUUCUGGAAGGUCUUGGCCAGGUUGAAGGUCUGGCGAUAGACUGGUCCGCGCAGAACAUAUACUGGACGGACACGGCCACGCAGCGCAUCGAAGUCGCCAGGCUAGACGGGUCCAGCCGCCGGGCUCUCAUAUGGCAGGGCCUUAAGAAACCUAAGAGCAUUGUUCUAGAUCCACGCAGAGGGUACAUGUAUUGGUCUGAGCUUGGAUCGAAAAGCAUCAAGCGUGCGUCCAUGGACGGAAGCGGGGUGACGACACUGCUCGAACAAGUUGGUCGCGCGCAUGCACUCGCUAUAGACGCAGAGCGCCGCACACUGUACUGGGCGGCGCUAGACCCGCCCGCACUCGAGCGUGCGCACACCGACGGCACGGGACGCGUCCCACUGACUAAUGACGUCACAAUGCCGUAUGCGCUCACGGUAUACGCCGAUCGACUGUUCUGGGGCGAUUGGAAUACAGGUUUGAUCGAGUCCGUGAACAAAGUGGACGGUUCGGACCGCAGACGCGUGCACGGGGCCCUCGACUACAUCGGAGUGUUGGUGGCGUGGCACCGCGCCCGGUCCCCGCCCAACCAGUGCGGUGUCGACAACGGUGGCUGCGAGCAUCUAUGCCUGCCGACUCCGGGUGACUUCCGCUGCGCUUGCCCAGCGCACGCACGACUGCGUCCCGACAACCUCACGUGUGCGGAUCCCGAGGAGUUUUUAUUGUACGCGACGAAAAACACAGUGGGUCGUGUGAUGGUCGCGAACGGGGAGUGUAAUGACGCUACAGUACCCGUCACUGGCUUGAAGAAUAUAAGAACUAUCGAAUACGACCCGAUCAAUAAGCACCUGUAUUGGAUGGACGAAGAUUCGCACUCGAUAAAACGUGUCUCAAUUACCUACUCGAGUACAUCAACGAGUGACUCAACUGUAGUCGUGUCGGAGCUGACUCGACCCUAUCACAUGGUAUUGGACGUCAUUGGACGCACUCUAUACUGGACUUGUUGGGAUUCGGACUCGAUCAACGCUACGUCCAUAGACGGCAACUCAACAGGAGUUAUCAUGCAAGGAGACAACAUGAUACCUAGACUGCUGGCUUUCCAUCAAACUAAGAGGAUCCUCUUCUGGAGUGACGUUGGUCUCGGCGCCAUUAUGCGCGCGGACGUCAAUGGCGGGCGAACGGAGUUAGCUCGAGCCGUCAACGUCACGGCGCUGGCGGCAGACACCACCACAUUGUACUGGGCCGUUGGCAGACAGAUUCUUGCCGUUGACUUUGAUGGGACCAACAGGCGAAUAGUAUGGCAGGGCGGGGUAACUAGUACGCUGGCGGCGUACGGCGGCGCGCUGUACCUGUGCGGCGGGGAGCGCUCGCUAAUGCGGCUGCCGCUGCACCGCCGUGACGCGCCGGCCGCGCCCGUGCCGCACGUCGCGAGGAUCACUGCAGCAGUGGCGGUGCGGAAGGUGGCGCGCGAUCACCCGUGUUACGGGCGUACGUGCGGUGCGGGCGCGUGCGGCGUGGGUGGCGCGUGCGGGUGCGGCGUGACGUGCACGCGCGACGCCUGCCCGCGCCGGCACUUCCGCUGCGAGCCGUCGAAGCAGUGUGUGCCGAUGGAGUGGAAGUGUGACGGUCAGGCGGACUGUCCGGACGGGUCCGACGAGAGCUCGUGCGACGCGUGCAGCGCGGGCCUGCGGUGCGCGGACGGAAAAUGUGCCGCGGCGCUCGGCGGAUGCGACGCGGGCGCACCGUGCGAGACCGCCCUGCCGGAUGCGUUUAGGUGUGACGAGCGACUGUGCCUUGCGCCGCGUCUGCUAUGCGACGGUAAGCGGCACUGCGAAGACGGCUCCGACGAAGCGCCGGCUGCCUGCGGAUAUGCACAGAAAGAUCACAACGCCAUCCCAACUGGCAAGCAGUGGACGGCUUUGGGCGUGUGCGCCGCAGUGGGCGGAGCUUGCGCGGUCGCCGCUGCGGGCUGGACCGUGUUACGCCGCCGACGCCGCGCCCCGCCCCUACGAGCGUUACCGCUGGUCAAACCGCUGGCUGUGAGAGUACCGCCGUCGCUGCAUUCUUCCGACGCGACGGGAUCGGCGUCAGCGUCGGACAGUCUCUGCGGGCGAUACCCGCGUCCCACCGUCAACCCGCCUCCGUCGCCGGCUACCGCGAGCGGCGGACGCCGGCGCCGCCCCCCGCGCGCCGUCACCCGCCCCCCGCCCCCCACGCCCGCGUCCACCGAUCACGCGGAUUCGGAGACCGAGCGCGCGCCCGCGCCGCCUCCGUCGCCCGCGCCGCUGUUGUACUGACGACGCGUAUGUAGGUGGUAUAGGUGUUUGAUACGCAUCUCUAAGCGGGCCACUAGACGAUAAAUUUUAUUUUGCAAUAUCACGUAUUGUGCAAUAUUAUUGACCGUCUAGGGUUAGUAUUGAACGCGCCCGGCUUUCCAUCUUGUUGUUGAAUAAGUUGUUCAAUAAAUGUUGUGUGUGAUAUUGCGCAAUAAAAUUGAUCGUCUAGGGGCCCGCUUGUGUGGCUUCCCGAUCCUCGUGGGUCGCGGCAGAAUAAAUAAAAAAUAAGGUCACUUUAUAAACUAGGCCAUGGGCUUCAUUUUGCUUCACACUACAAAUCAGUGGCGGCUUCCAUCGCUAGACCAACGUAAGUAGAAAAUUAAGCACAUAGCCUAGUUCAUAAAUUGUUUUUUAUUUGUCGGUCGCGGUCGUGUGAUGCGAAGAUCGGAAUGCUACCAUAACGCUCAACUCACAAUGGCACGGAGUCGAAGCGACUCGACGCGACAUAUUUUUCCGCCUACAGCAUAUUCAUCUUUGUUUUUGUCUUGUUAUUGAGCCCAUUAAUAUUUACACAGCAGAGAUUUGUACUUAAAUAAUAACAAAAUAGAGAUAAAUAUGCUGUGGGCGAAAAAACUGAUCUCGAGGGGCAAUUGAGUGAGCGCAGGGUAUGGCGCGUGUGUUUGAAAAUUUGAUAUAGAAUCGACAAAAUUGCUCCCGAUUCAAAGUACUUUGAUAUAUUUUAAUAACGCUUUUAUA